GAAAUUAAACUGGUAAAGUGUUUACACUUAAGAAGACCUGGGACCCUACGACUGGACUGCACCAAAAAGUAUUUCACUGCCCCUGGUGCUUAGAGUAUUUUAAAAUACUUCUUUACAAUUUUUUGGUUUUAUAUUUUUGUGUAUUUUUAAAUUUAUUCUUGCACAAAUUCACCACAGCAACUUCCUUCAAUGUUGUAAAACUGCUUAGCGAUAAAACCUCAUUCUGAUUUUGCGACGUAUUAAAGUGUUUUUUAUAUUUUUACGUGUCAGCUUCUUUUAAAAUGAAAUGUAACUUAGGAACAAAUAGAGGGAUGCCAUUUUUAAUUUUAUUGAAUUGAUCGCUAAUGUUAAUCAAUGUCGAAUGAACUAAAUUAAGAUUAAAUAAGAUCAUUCUGCUGCUUUUCAUUCAAAAUGUUGUGUUUGUUUUUUUAAUUGUUUUAUCCGGUCGAUUAAAUUUUAAAAAAACACAACGUAUAAAUAAGUAUUACGGUAACGUCAGGUGGGCGUGCCUUGUGUUGGAAUGUACCAUUAAGCCGAAACACACCGGGAGGGAUUUUGUUGUGACAGCGGCGGAGUCACAACCAACCCGGCGGGGGGAGACGGUCAUAACGUAGGUUUUUUUCAUCUUGAAUCAACAAUGGCCUUCAGCAAGGGAUAUCGCAUUUACCACAAGCUGGACCCGCCCCCCUACAGUGUCAUAGUGGAAACAAGGACCAGGGAAGAAUGUCUCAUGUUUGAAUCAGGGGCUGUUGCUGUUCUGUCGGCAGCAGAGAAAGAGGCCAUUAAAAGUACAUAUGCCAAGAUAGUUGACGCCUAUGGAAUCCUGGGCGUCCUCCGCCUAAAUUUGGGGGACUCCAUGCUCCACAGUCUGGUGGUGGUGACAGGAUGUAGCUCUGUGGGGAAGGUGCAGGACUCUGAGGUUUUCAGGGUCACGCAGACAGACUUUAUUUCCCUGAAGAAUGAUCCAGGAGAUGAGGACCGGAUCGCUGAGGUGCGAAAGGUCCUGAACUCAGGACACUUCUACUUCGCUUGGUCUUCCACUGGAGUCAGUAUGGACCUGAGUCUCAAUGCACAUCGCAGGAUCAUAGAAGAUACGACAGAUAACCGCUUCUUUUGGAACCAGUCUCUGCACCUGCACCUGAAACAUUACGGAGUAAACUGUGAUGACUGGCUGUUGAGGCUGAUGUGCGGCGGUGUGGAGAUCAGGACCAUCUACGCAGGUCACAAACAGGCCAAGGCCUGCAUUUUCUCCCGCCUCAGCUCGGAGCGAGCCGGCACGCGAUUUAAUGUCCGAGGAACAAACGACGAUGGACAGGUCGCCAACUUUGUGGAGACUGAACAGGUUAUUUUCCUGGAUGAUAAAGUUUCCUCCUUCAUACAGAUCCGUGGGUCCAUUCCUCUUUUCUGGGAACAGCCAGGAAUCCAGGUUGGCUCUCAUCGUGUCAAACUCUCAAGGGGAUUUGAGGCUAAUGCACCAGCAUUCGAAAGACACUUCAGUGCGCUGCGGAGGUUGUAUGGUAAACAGGUGAUCAUCAACCUGCUUGGGAGUAAGGAAGGAGAGCACAUGCUCAGUAAAGCGUUCCAGAGUCAUCUAAAGGCGUCGGAACAUGCGACAGCAGUGAAGAUGGUGAACUUCGACUACCACCAAAAUGUGAAGGGAGGCAAAGCAGACAAACUUCACAGUAUCCUAAAACCCUAUCUCAACAAAUUUGUAGAAGAGUGCGGGUUCUUCUAUUACGCUGCAGACUCAGGCAUCAGAAGGACUCAGGGUGGGACCAUCAGGACCAACUGCCUGGACUGUCUGGACAGAACUAACAGUGUACAAGCCUUUUUCGCCCUCGAGAUGCUGCCGAAGCAGCUGGAGGAAAUGAGUCUGACGGAGAAACCCCAGCUGGUGGCCCGGUUCCAGGAGGUUUUCCGGACCAUGUGGUCGGUCAAUGGAGAUUCCGUCAGUAAGAUCUAUGCAGGCACCGGUGCUCUGGAUGGCAAGGCCAAGGCUGGGAAGCUGAAAGACGGAGCUCGCUCUGUGACGAGGACCAUCCAGAACAACUUCUUUGACAGUUCGAAGCAAGAGGCGAUCGACAUCCUGAGACUGGGCUCCACACUCAACAGUGAUUUGGCGGAUAAAGCUCGGGCCUUGCUCACCACUUCCAGUCUUUAUGUCACUGAGCCCGUCUUACAAUCAGCCUCCCCAAGAGUAUUGCUGGGAAUGUGUCAGAACUACCAUAAAUACACAAUGCCCAAGCAGAUCCGUGUGUGUGUCGGCACCUGGAAUGUGAACGGGGGUAAACAGUUUCGCAGCAUUGCUUUCCGCAACCAGACACUCAACGACUGGCUGCUGGAUGCUCCAAAGAAGGCAGGGCAUCCUGAGUUCCAGGACAGCAAAGCCAACCCCAUCGAUAUAUUUGCCAUCGGUUUUGAGGAAAUGGUUGAACUGAAUGCUGGCAACAUCGUCAGCGCCAGCACCACGAACCAGAAACUGUGGGCAGCUGAGCUCCAAAAAAACAUCUCACGGGACCACAAAUAUGUUCUACUGGCUUCAGAGCAACUGGUGGGAGUGUGUCUGUUUGUUUUCAUCCGCCCACAGCAUGCACCCUUCAUCAGGGAUGUGGCUGUAGACACUGUAAAAACUGGCAUGGGCGGAGCCACAGGCAAUAAAGGUGGUGUUGCCAUCCGCCUCCUGUUCCACACCACCAGCAUCUGCUUCGUCUGCUCCCACUUCGCUGCUGGCCAAUCACAGGUCAAGGAGAGGAAUGAUGACUACAAUGAGAUCACGCGCAGGCUCAGCUUUCCCAUGGGUCGUCUGCUAUACUCGCACGAUUAUGUGUUCUGGUGUGGAGACUUUAACUAUCGUAUCAGCCUGCCCAACGAGGAAGUAAAAGAACUCAUCAAACAGCAGAACUAUGAAGCCUUGACAGCUGGAGACCAGUUGUUGGAUCAGAAGAAUGCUGGUUUGGUCUUCCGAGGUUUUAUCGAGGGAAAGUUAGAUUUUGCUCCCACCUAUAAGUAUGACCUCUUCUCAGAGGAUUAUGACACUAGCGAGAAGUGCCGCACACCAGCCUGGACUGACCGUAUACUCUGGAAGAGGAGGAAGUGGAACUUUGACAGAACGGCUGAGGAGAUGAAUGUAGUAGGUGCAGCUUCUACGUCUGGGGAGAAUGAGGAGGAUCUAGACAAACCUUGGAGCCCCGGAAUUCUGAAGUACUAUGGCAGGGCUGAGCUUAAGACCUCCGACCACAGGCCUGUGGUGGCAAUAAUGGACGUGGACAUCCUGGAGGUCGACCCAGAUGCUCGGCACCAGGUUUACAAAGAUGUCAUUGCCCUACAGGGGCCACCAGAUGGAACCAUCCUGGUGUCACUCUGCUCCUCCGGCCCUGAGGACUACUUUGGAGAUCCGCUCAUAGACGAGCUGCUGGACCAAUUUGCUCAGUUUGGAGAAGUCAUCCUCAUCAGGUUUGUUGAGGAGAAGAUGUGGGUGACUUUCCUAGAAGGUUAUUCUGCUCUUGCUGCUCUUUCUCUCAGUGCUUCCACUGUCCUUGGCAAAGUGAUUGACAUCCGUCUGAAGAGUCCCGGCUGGAUCAAGAGUCUGGAGGAGGAGAUGAGUGUGGAGAGGAUCUGUGGAAGUAUCCCCACCUCAGCCAGCUCCACUUUGCUCGCUGAGGACACAGACAUGGGAGACGAUGACUACGAUAUGGAGGGUGAUGUGGACGAGGAGGUGGAGGAGAUCCUUCCCCAGCACCUACAGCCUGGAGCAGGCGCCGGCCCUGGAUCCUCGCCUCUGCCCUCCCCCCGCAGCAGCCCCUGUCCCUCCCCGACCCACGGAGAACCAUCUGCUCCCAGCAGACCCAGUCGUGCACUGCAACCCUCCCGACCAUCACAAGCUGAAUUAAGUCCAUCACCAGUGAGGAGACAUAGUUCAGGGCCUCCUGUUGACUUCCAGCCAGGUGCCCCCACAUCUUUAUGCCUGGAGCCCAAGCGUGCACCCCCCCCUCGUCCUAAUGCACCUCCAGCCAGACCAGCACCCCCUCAACGUCCACCACCACCUUCAGGAGGCAUGAGCCCUCUUCCAGUUAGGAAGGACUCUGGAGGACCAAAAAGCCCAGCUCUUUCUCGGCCCGUUGCUGCUGCAGCUCGAGGAGCAGCUCCUGCACCUGGAGGUGCCCCUAGACCGAAUAUCCCUCCUCGAGCCGGGGUGAUCAGUAUUCCCCCACAGUCUCGCCCACCACAUCCUUCUCACCCAGGAGCACCCAGACCUAUUCCAGAAAUGCAUCCCGGGGCCCCUCGACCCAUCCCGGACACCCAUCCUGGAGCCCCUCGACCUGUGGCCAGUGCCCUGGAGAAACCGACUGACCUGCCUUUGGGCCCUCCACCCUUAGGACCCCCCCCUGCAGUGAGACCCCAGGCUCCAUCACAAAUGCAGCCCCAUCCUGCCGCGCCCUCAGUUCAGUCUCAGCUCCCACCACCGAUCCAGCCCACACUUCCAGCUCCGCUCCAGCCGCAGCAGGCUGCAGCUCCAAAAGCAGGACCCCCUCCUUCUGCUGCUGCCGCCGCCCCUGCUGGGCCUCCGCAGGGUCUAGCCUCUCCCAAACCCCCACCACGUUCCCGCUCCUCUCAUGCUCUGCCGCCUGAUGCCGCCAAGCCUGAGACUGCCCCAGCUGCACAGACCAAUGGACUGAAUGGACUCCAAAACGAAGCACAAUGGAAGCCUGACCCCUUCAACACACUCUCCUCGUCCUCCUGGCACACCACCCAGUCCCUGACCAGGGGCUCCUCUCUGCGUGCUCCCCCCUCUGUUCCUCCAUCUUCAUUUUCCUCCAACACUCUCCCAUCAUCCUUCUCCCUGCAGCCCUCUGCUCUGUCAGACCUGCAAGCACUCGAUUCAUCCUCCUCUUCCUCGCUCUCCACCCCAUCGCCACUUGCCUCCACCUUGCUCCUGCCUCCUCCGGUCCCGUCUCGCAGUCGCUCGCAGGAAACGUUACGUGCCUCCCCCGGCCCCUUCCCAGCUGAGCCGCUACCUGCCCGACCCAGCAGCACCAAUCCCUUCACAGGACCGCUCGCACAGCAUCGCUCGCUCACCCCGGACUUCAGCAUCCAGCGUCCAGCCCCGACAUCAAACCCUCAGAGGACCAUGCCUGCUCUCACUCAGCCACUCAUUCCCACCCGUGCUCCAACAACUGUUCCUGCAGCUGCCCCUGCCUCCCAGCCCCAGAGGACAAUGUCCCUUUUUGCACCUUCAUCCAUGUUCAAUCCUGCACCUGCUCCCCUGGCUCCCUUCACCCUGGACCCAUCUCCUGCUCCUGCCUUGCCUCUGGCACCACCUUCCUCCAUCCCACCUUCCAUUGCACCCCACGGCCAACCUCCUCCACCGGGAGGCAAACCAACCAAGCAGUGGGUCACUUUCGAUGAUGAUUUGGAUUUCUCAACUACGACAAAAACACCACCCAUCCCCGUCUUCCCUUCCGAUUCCCUUCUGCCCCAAACUCAGACUCAGCCUCCUCGGUCUGUGUUCGACUUGGAGCCCGACUGGUUAUCAACGGGCCCUUCGGCAUUCCCGACCCUCCCUCCUCCUAUCCCUACUGCAACUGCUAACCCUAAACUCCCAGAGGCUCCCAGUGACAGCUGCUUCUUCGCCAGGGAGUCGACAGAAAGAUAGAAUCACCCUUAAUAUGUAAAGGGCAUGUCCAGAUAUGUAUAGAUCUAUGACAAAAUGUGUAUAUGUUUGUGUGUAUGUACAAAAGAGACAGUAUUUAAGUAGUACAGACCAUUCCCCUUCUAAAUGACAGGAAAGGAUUUAUAUCUCGAGCAGUAACAUGAGACGCAUGUUCUAACGUUACCACAGAGAUAUUUGCUUGUUCCCUAAUAUUAACAUUUAUUUUAAUAUGAAUCGUUCUUAUGUUUAUUUUUAUUCAUGGCGGCAGACGUGCCAGUGUCUACAGUAUACAGUUAAACAAAGUAUAUCUAUACACACAAAUCAUUUGUGUAAGCACCUGUGCAAUAUCAAGACACGUCUCUGGCCAUAAAGCACGCCGCUUCCGCCUGCGAGUUUUCACCUGGAUCAACGUUGCGUCCGUAUUUGCGAACACGCUGCGGUUUAUAUCCCUCAUCUUUGACUGAUCUGUGCAUCGGAGGAGAUGAUAAUGUAGAUGUGCUGCUGUACGCAGCAGCUAGACAGCUUUGACUUACACAGAAAUACUUGUAAAUUUAUGUUUUUUGAGGGGGGCAAGUUAUAAGUCAUAUUGUGUGCUUGCUUUUUUCAUGAAUGUACUUUAUGUUGUACUGGGUUUUGUCAUUGCCUCCUCGCUGAUGCCACAGCGGAGGCAUGACUCAGCAGGACUGACGCUCUGUAAUAUCUCACCCACCAUAUAGUAAGACUCAUUCUCUCUCUACUCAGUCACCGCUCUACCUAUAGGCCGUUACGCUUAGCAGAAUAUAUUUUGUAGCUCUAUUUCAAACACCUAUACAUAGUUGUUAUGUAUAAAUUUAUGUUUUCAAUAUGGAAACUACUCGCUAAUCGUGCGUGUGUGUGUUUGUAAUAACAGUAUCAGUGGUUUGCACAAUGUAACUGAUAUGCACUGAUAUGCUGUAUGUGCACUAUGACGACCAAGACAAAGGUGAGAGCCUGAACAGAUGAGAGGGCUUUUUUCCUCAUUUCCACUUCCUCCUUGAUUUAUCCAAAGCAUCAAACCGUGCUAUUGUCGAUUCAGAGAACGGGGCUCGUACGUGCGGCUGUUUGUGUGUAUGCUUGGUACGAAGAUUUGAGUCUGUGAGCGUGGCGUGGGACUCGUCACGCGUAAUAAUAAGAGGGCACAUUUACCAAGCUUUUAAUUUCCGAAAAACAUUUACUCUAAAUACUCUAUUGUUGAUACUGUGGUGAGAAGUGACGUGUCGUGUUUGAGGUGCAUAUCGUCCGUUAAUGUGUUUGACAGUGUUUAUGUUUGGAUGUAAGUGUGUGUACAGGGUUAACCGUGGAACACCAGAGCUUUAACCCUCAGAGGUCUCUGCUUGUAUAAGAGCACUGUGUAUUUGCUUACAGGUUGAGAACUAACAGCCACUGUAUUAACUCACUCGUGGCUGUAAUUGUAUUCCUGCUCUCCAGUCUGCUGACAAUAAGCACCGCUGUAUGCGAACUAGCAAACAAUACACAGAGGACUUUACUCCCCUGUCAGAGCACCCGCCACCUGAGUGAGAAUUCCAGCACUGAUGGAAGACCAUAAGUUCACUGCGAAUACAGUCUCUUGAAAACUACACUGUACGCUUAGACCCUGAAUGCAUCGCCAGGGAACAUUUUCCAGUCGGAUGUUUGUUGUGGUGCUCCCUGGUCGCCGUGCGGCACACAUUCCAGACGGGAGUGUGAUUCGAGUGUUGGGUGUCAAAUUCCUCCACAUGUGAUAUCCAACCGAUAGCUGUUCCCUCUGGUUUGAGAGCCUCACCGAUUCCUUAACCAUUCUUAAGGUGUGCGUGCGUGUGUGUGUGGUGUUGUCAGAGGUGACGUGUCAGUGAUUCUUUGUUCACCUACUUCACUCGGUUGACAACGAUGACAAGCAAUAGUUUAAAAAAAAGGGAUCAGUGAGAGAACAGUCCUCCCUCACGUGACACAUCAGCUGAUGAAGACAUAUCAGAUGUGUUUUCUCUUCUCAAAUCUUCAGAAGUUAUGUCAUGAAAAGCAUUUCAAUGGUUCACUGAGGAUAAAUCAUGCAAAGCAAGAAAGAACCAGCUGAAUACUGCUUAUCGCGCUCUGUCUAAACACAUGAAUAUGAGUAGAAACUAUAUCUGCAUUAACAGUAGAUGACUAGCCAGUGCUUUUGUGUCAUGUCAUGUUCCGAGAGGAAAUUUUAUAGGAAACAAUUUGCUCCUUUUUGUGAGGUCGGUGUCCCUUUUUAUGGCUAUAACCCCAUAGUAUAUACGAGUCUGUGUUGUUCUUCAUAUUCUGUGCGUAUUAAAGACAAAACAUGACGCUGCGACUCAUGUCAGUAUCCCGACGUUCCAUAUUUUAAGUGCACAGCUGAUUGCACAUUUAUGUAUGAAGCCGUUUAUGUUGUAUGUAUGCAAAAAUAAAUGUAUGUUGACCUGA